AUGAUGGCGGCAGCGGGAUGCGGAUCAGCAACCGCGGCUGCCGUAGGAGGCCAAGGUGGAACCGCUACGGCCAGAGGUCGUUUCCCCGGUCGGCCUUGGUCGUCACGCAGUCGUUUGCGCUCCGAGAAGCGAUGGCAACUCGGGCGAUCAAGCUCAGAAGCUGAUGAUGUGACUGACGGAGGGCCAAGGCCCGCAAACCAGGUUCUAUCGUCAAACGAAGACCAGUCUCACUUGCGCUUACUUGGGAUAGAGGCGAGCCACCAGACCCUUGGCCAGGCUGGAUACAGCUCUAGUGGGAGUGAAGAGGUGAGGUCCCAAACCGAACCAGGAGGAGACGACUUCAGAGGAUUUGAAACUGAGAGAAACGGCUCCAAAGGACCUGUGUGGUCACGACAAAACCCUUCCAAAGGUGAUGCUGUCAACACAAAAUCUAAACGACAAAGUGAGAAGCUACCGCUUAAAACGCUAGCAGUGGAGGCAGAUAUUACCUCACCUGACCCUGUAAAGGAUGUAAAAUCUUUGGAGGAAACACACGGCUUAUCUCCUGAAGCAGAGCCUGCAAAGGAUUGCAGGAAAGGUUCGAAAGGAAAAACCACCAUGGAUCGGCAGUCCACUAAAAGCGGAGCCUCAUCAGCAGCACCAAGGAUUACUAUAAAGUUGGUGGCCAAAAAGAAAAUGAAAACCGUAAGGGAGCCUCAUAAAAAAUCUGCGAAGAAGUUAAAGAUAAAAGGAAUCCAGGAUCAGCCCAAAGCCAAGGACAUUCAGGGCGACCAGAUUUCAAGUGCUCACGUCAAAUUAAAAACUGAACCGCAUGAGGAUAAAUAUGGCACAGAAGAUAAGGAAGGGGGGACUGUACCUGCAAGAAGGCGUGGGAGAUCUGCUUCAAAGACAACCGAGCCUGUCUGCCAGACUAGUGCCAAAGUUGUGGUUGAUGACCAAAAAUCAAAAGAGAGAAAAUCAUCCGAUCUAGUUGAGACUGUAAAGGAGAGUGGGACUGUAGAGCCAAAAACGAAUGCAAAGAAAUUAAAGCAUAAGGAAAUUGUGACAGAGCAAGGUUCUGAAGUUAAUCAACAAGUCACUCGUAGGAGCAAUAGAGUCACUAACCCACUCACUAAAAGAGUCUCAGACAGUGCAGCUGAACCAGAAAGUCUGAGUAAAAGUGAUGCCAUUCUGGUGGAGUCAAAGCCAGAAAUUUCUCAAACAGUGAAGACCAAACCAUCAGCGAGAAGUGGCAAACAAAGGCAAAGCAAGAGGCUGAAUAAGGAUGCUACGGUGCCAGAAAACUAUGGUCCAUCAUCGCAAGAGAUCGAUCAUUUAGCUGUACAAUCCGAUGACAGUUUGGCUUUGAAAAUUGAGGACAUGCGAGUCCCAAGUUUAAAGUUGUUGAAGGUCAGAAACCCAAAAUAUGAUGCACAGGCCAGUGGGAAAAACUCAACUCGAAAGAAAAAACUGAGAAAAAAGUUUGUCUGGACUUUAACUUUAGUGAAGGAAGAAAGUCAGACAAAGGGGGCUGAAAAUGCUGUCAAAGUAACAGAGAAGACUGUGAGUAAGGUGGAUCAGUCCACUUUUUGUGACACCAGUGUCAACAAGAGUUUGAAGGCGAUGGAUAAAAAAUCCAAACUGGAAAACUCAGCCCCCCAAGAGAGUAAAAGCUUGGACGAUAAUGAGAAGGGUUCCCAAAACAAGGCUGACGUGUCAAUUGAGGAAAAGUCCACUUUACACGUGGAAGUUGAAGUGGAACGCGUGAAUGAAACACCUCCACAAGAAAUGACUAAAAUGGAUUGCGGGAAAGUUCCACCUCUUCAGAUCAAAAAGGUCUCCUCUCCUGGGAAACAUAAAAGCUCAAAACCAUCCUUUUUAAUUCAGCAAGUUAGCCCUGUGUCUGAAAAGAAAGAGGAUGUUCUGAAAGAUCUAAGUGAAGUUAAUGAGGAUAAAUCCUCAUGUCUGGAUACUCAAGUCACACCAACGAGGAGAUUAAGGAGGAGGACACCAAGCUGUGAUUUACCACAAACAAAGUCUGUCAGUCAUAAGCCAGUGACCACUCAGAAACGGAGGCUUAGAACAAGUCCACAGGAUGAAGAAAUGCCGCAGGUGCACGUUGAAGACACUUUUCAGGCAUCAACGGAAGAUUCAAGCUCACAUGGUCUUCCUAAAAACUCCUUUCAGGAUUUGGCUGAGGAUCCCUCACAGGUGACCAGUUUAAACUCCACUGACGUUCCUGAUGAGGUUUCCUCAAAGAUUGCGGAUGAUCCCUCACCAGUGCCAGUUGAAGAUUCUCCACAGAAGGUGGAGAUUGAGGUAGAACCGCAGAUCAAAGAGGCCAAACCAAUGCCUGUGCCUUCCAAACCUAGAAGAUGUAGAAAUAAUAAACUAGGGAAAAAGAGGUCUGUUCAAAGGAAGAAGGUGGUUGUCUCUCCUGAAACUGCUGUCAGCACAGAGUUGGCUACAGUUGAAGCUACUAUCACAGAGUCUGUGCUCAAGGAGGAUACUCAGUCUUUAGUAACAGAAGUCAGUCAGUCAGAAACAAUAGAUUGCACCCAGCCUGAGGCAAAACAGGACACUGUGUCAGUGGAAGAAGUGCAGAUACAGCCACCGGUAAAAGAGGAAACCGACAUUCAGUUGAUAGAUAGUCAACCAUUUUUGGUAGAAGAAAUUCAAGCAAGUGACCCAAAAACACCGCGCCGACAAAAGAAAUCUCUCAAAAAAGUAAAAAAGAGGCGCAAAAGUUUGAUUGGGCAGCGUCAGAAACACAGGCACAGGAACACAGAUGGAAAAUUUGCUCCACUUAAAUUAUCUGAAAGUCAAGAAAUUGUUGAGAGGGAGAGUGACCUUUCCACCCCAUUGGCAACUAUAACACCAACCCCAAGCUCCAAACUUAUUGGAGUACAUAAAAAGUACAAAAAGAGACCUUCAGGCCUUCAUUUUAUUGGUUCUAAAAGGCCAAAACCACAUUCUAAAAUAAUGUCUAAGCUGAUGGAAAUGGGGGUUGGCAAUGAUAGUUUAAAGCAGGAAGAAACAGACACAUUAGUCGAUGGUGGACAAGCAAAUGUUGUGGAUGCCCAGCCUGGUAAAUCAAAGUUUGUUAAAAACAUCAAGCACUUCAUUAUGCCUGUUGUAAGUGCCAGAUCCUCACGUGUGAUCAAGACCCCACAAAGGUUUAUGGAUGAUGCUGGAAUGUCGGUCUUGCCUCGAAGAAACUCACCAAAGAAGGGUUUACAAUUAGGCUUGCCAAUGCGCCCAGGGAAGAGGCGAGAUGAUGGGACAGGCAGAGCAAUAUCCCCAAUCCUGCCGGUUGACGAGGAAGACCUAUUGAGUGAAGCUCAAUUGGAUGUCGAUCUGUUUUCAGCUCAGGACCUAGAUGACGACAUUGAUAUAGCUGACAGCCUAUUUUCUGAGAUAAAUAGUGGCAAAAUUGAAAAGAAGAAGUCUCUAAAGAACUCUACUUUCAAGUGGCAUGUGCCAGAAGAGUCGAGCGAGGAAGUGUACACACUGGACAAAACUUCAGAGGACAAAUGUGAGGAUUUGUUUUUAUCUACACCAGUUGAUAAGCCCACAGAAGUAUCUACUGACGUCCUGGAUGCCCAGAAAAAGAAAAGUUCCCCUAAGUUUAAUAAACAAGCGGCGCAUCUUAAGAUUUAUCAAAGGCUAAAGAAGUCGCACACGGGACUUCCUAAGAGCAAAAACACAGCAGAGACAGAGAGUGUGAGUAAACCUCUUCAGCCUCCUGUUGAUUUAGCAGAAGGACUCGAUGAUGAGGCCAUGAGCAUCAGCCUUAGGCAACGGAGUACAAAUGCAGGGAAAAACAAAUCCAAGCUCAAGAUAGAAGACCUUGAUUCUCCUGGAGUGGUGAGAAAAGUUUCUGUGUGUGUUAGGACUAUGAACUUCAAGUCCCUUGCAUUUCAGCACGGGAAAGAGGAGGAUUUAGCAGGGAAAGACACUGCCCAACGUCACUCAGGAGAGCUGCAGUCAGAACAGAACUCAGGCGCAGGUGAAGGCAAUUAUCCUGGAUCUGUGGAGAAGGGAGCUACACAACGAGCGCGCCUCACUGGUGCAAAUAAAAGAAUGUUCAAUCUCCUCAGGAAAGCCAAGGUCCAGCUCAUUAAGAUUGACCAGCAGAAACAGCUUAAGUCAUCUGGGCUGUUGUCUGGCCCGAGUGGCGCCAGGUCUCGAGAUGUGACCUCUAAGAGACAAAGGAGGCAGCAGAGGGUUAAGCUUGAUGCUGAUGUUCCAGUCAAGACAGAGCCACCUCAAGGACAACCGCAGCUCAUAUCCCCCCUGUGCCAGGAGUUCCGUAGAGCAGGGGGUCCACGUAUCAAGCACGUGUGUCGUGCUGCAUCCGUGGUGCUGGGGCAGCCUCGAGCCUUGGUACCAGAUGACAUUCCCAGACUUAGCGCCUUGCCUUUGCAUGAAAGAACUGGCAUUUCCCCUACAGCCAUCCCUAAAGAUAUUGGGUCUCCCUCUGAAUCAGACAGCCCUGGGCUGUCAGAUCCAAAGGUCACCAAGGUCAAGAAGCCGUCGAAUUUUGUGAAAAAGAAAGGACUCGGGCCUUUUGGGUAUCGCUCUCGGAGGUGUGGAAUAUGCAAAGGCUGCAACCACGAGGAUGACUGUGGCAAGUGCAUGAACUGCCUCGACAAACCCAAGUUUGGUGGUCCCAAUACCAAGCGGCAGUGUUGUGUGUAUAAGAGAUGUGAUCAAAUUGAAGAGAGAAAAGCACGCAGACUAAGUGGAAGAACAGCACCCAAAGGUGCUUCUAAGCGACGGCGAUCCUCUCUCAGCGGGGGUCAUUCAAGUAACGACGAAGGGAACGAGGGUGCUGCGGAAUCACCAUCUGGUCUCCAGGGUGAUGGUCAGAGUCCGUCAGUAAGGAAGCAGCCAAAGCGUGUCGUGAAACCCCGAGUCUACUUUGACCUGGUGGACUAUGACUCUGAUCUUGAUGACAAAGCUGUCUCAAGCUCUGCCUCCCCAGCCAGGAGAAGGGGUGCUGGAUCCCGUUUCAGUCAAGACUUUGUGUCACUGGAUGGAUUCCUUGGAGACAUUUCAGAUGAAGAAGUCAGGCAUCGAAAGUCCAGUUCACACCGUGUUCCACAAGUUCGGCGUAAACCUGAGAAGGGUCUUUCAUCUCAGGGUCCCUGCGAGCAGACUCCCCCCAGUGUCCUGGCUGCCCUGGCCCAUGGAUUUGAGCAGAGAGAAGCUGAGUCUUCUAAACCUACUCACAAAAUCAGGGUUGACUUCAAGGAGGACUGUGCUUUGGACAACGUCUGGAAUAUGGGUGGGUUAAGUAUAUUGACCUCUGCAUCCCUCAUGCCACCCUAUGUCUGCUUCCUUUGUGCCAGUAAAGGGCAACACGAGAUGCUGUAUUGCCAAGUAUGCUGUGAGCCCUUCCACCAGUUUUGCCUUGAACCAGAGGACCGCCCCUCUGAAGAGAACAAGGAAAACUGGUGCUGUCGUCGCUGCAAGUUUUGCCAUGUGUGCGGCAGGAAAAAUAAGCACUCAAAGCCGUUGUUGGAGUGUGAACGAUGUCAGAACUGUUAUCAUACUUCGUGUCUGGGUCCCAACUAUCCAAAGCAAAACAAGAAGAGGAAAGCUUGGGUUUGUAUGACAUGCAUCAGGUGUAAAAGUUGUGGCGUCACACCAGGGAAGGGUUGGGACACUGACUGGAACCACGACAAAGGACUCUGUCCAGACUGUUCAAAACUCUAUGAACUGGGUAACUACUGUCCAAUCUGCUUCAAGUGCUAUGAGGACAAUGACUAUGACAGUCAGAUGAUGCAGUGUGGCACCUGUAACCACUGGGUACAUGCCAAGUGUGAGGAUCUAACAGAUGAGCUGUAUGAGAUCCUGUCCAGCUUGCCAGAGAGUGUCGUAUAUUCAUGUCGGCCAUGCAGUGUGACCCAGCCCAGUGCUUGGAGGGAGCUGCUGUACAUUGAGCUCAGGGCUGGGGUGGAAAAGGUGCUGGCUUGCUUGCUCUCCUCCACCCUUACCCAGCACCUUGUUACCUGCUCACAGUGUGAAAAGUUGGUUGACCCUGACAUUGGAAUAGAAGGACAGCCAGCCUGUGACCUCCGAGCUGUAGGGAAAAAGUUUGACAAAGGCCUUUAUACUACGUUGAAAAUGUUUCAUGAAGAUGUGGUUCAGGUUGUGCGAAAGAGGCUUGAGCAAGAAGAGGAUCUUCCAGAGGAGCAGAGACCUACUGCCCUGGCACGCUCUUACUAUUUAAAGCUCCUCGAGGAAGUAUUUAAUUGGUUCAACAGCCAAGACCCAAAGGUGUGGAACUCUUGUACCAAAGACUUGCCCAUGGGGAUGCUGUCCCAUGCUGUUCAUCCUCCUACAACGGAGCAUGUUUACGCCCGCUGGCAGGAGAGGGAGGAGCUCGUGUCCAGGGCCCCACUGGGGCUCCUGCAGGAGGACAAUGGACAAAGCUUAGAUGUAAAGGAAGAAGAGGCAGUUUCUCCGUUGUCUGGGGAGCCAACAAGUCGCAACCACUUCAAAACCAGCAGGGCUGUCAGGCUCAAAUUCAAAGGGAAAAGAGGCCGUCUUUCAAAAGCUGAUUUAGACACCGGAUGGUCUAAGGAUGACGAGAGACAGUGCACACUGUGCCAAAAAUAUGGUGACCUCAAACCUAAUGAAGCAGGUCGGUUGCUGUACUUGGGCCAGAAUGAGUGGGCACAUGUCAACUGCUGUCUGUGGUCAGCUGAGGUGUUUCAAGAGGAUAAUGGCUCUCUACUACACGUACACAGUGCUGUCACAAGGGGCCGCUUGAUGCGAUGUGAACGCUGCAACCAGACUGGUGCCACAGUGGGCUGCUGUCUGACAUCAUGUCAAAGCAACUAUCACUUCAUGUGUGCCCGCUCCCGUCACUGUGUGUUCCAGGAGGAUAAGAAGGUCUAUUGCUACAAACACCGACAUCUCAUCAGUGGCAGGAUGAUAACUGGUCAAGAAUUUGAAGUAAAACGCAGGGUGUAUGUGGAUUUUGAGGGGAUCAGCCUCCGCAGAAAGUUCUUGACUGGACUUGAACCAGAAUCAAUCAACUUGAUGAUUGGUUCCCUACAGAUAGACCAACUGGGUGUGCUGACAGAACUUUCAGCUAUUAAAGGAAAACUGUUUCCUGUGGGUUUUCAGUGCACUCGUUGGUACUGGAGUACAGUUAAUCCAUUGCGCCGGUGCAAAUAUACAUGUACAGUGCGGGAGGUUCGGCCCGUUGUACCUGAGAAGCCUGUUGAGGAAAUGCCUGACCAAGGAGAAAAUCACACCAUUGCUCACAGCCCCUGUCCACUACCUGAAUCUGAAGCCCAAGAGACUGAUUUAACAGAAUCCCAACCCCCAAUGGUGGAAACCUUUAUCCUUGGACCUACGCCCAAGUCAGAUCACGGUGCAAGGCCAAAGAUUCCCAGGAGACCAGCUGGAGGAAUGUUUCGACCUCUGCCUUCCCCAGGAGUAAUCCAGUUGAAACCCCACCACAUACUAACCAUAAGUGAUCUGGAGGAUACUCGAAGGGUUCGUCGCCACAGCCCACACUCACAGACAACAGGCCUCCGCAGUCACAUGCCCCCCCCUCCUCUGGGCCCUCUGACUGGACCCAUCACUCUCCGUGCUGGAAAGUCUUCCCUUCCCAAUUCCCCACUGUACCCACUUGGUGCUCCAGACAACGUGAUAAGUCCAUCAGCCCGCCCAGUCGGAGGUAGAAGUGCUUCCUCAGUCCGAUGCCCUGGUAAUACAAUGACCCAUUGUACCUCGUCUUUCUUUCCUCAGUCUCCGUGGCAAGACGGUGCAGGAAGCUUUCCCUCUCCAAGUCUCUCUUUCUCUCCAUCCAUACAACAUCUACCCAGAAAUCGAUUGUCAUUUGAUCUGAACCAGUCAGACUCAGUCGAGGUGCCUCACAACUUCUUAGCUUCACCAGAACCUGAAGAUGUCUCUCCAGCAAAUGGUACAUCACCCCAGGGGGAUGUAGAUCAACAGAAGGAUGAGGAAGAAUUCCCCUACAGUGCAUUCCACAAGGAUCCCAACAUGAGUCUGGGCCAAGAGAUGAGGACAGAACUGGAGAUUGAAGAGACACUCCUGAAUGAAGGCGUGGCAAUGAACUGUGGGGGACAAAUAGUGGUGGAAGGUGAUGAUCAGGAGGAAUUUUGGGGAAGAGCCCAAGAGGUACACAAGAGGAAGACUCUCGUUGCCAACCUGCCACGGUCUGCAGCCUCAGCCAGGGAUGACUUGGGCAACACCUCUUCUGAUGAUGAUAUGGAACACUAUUUUGACUUCUCAAGGACAAUAGUCAGCUGUCCCGGAUCAAAAGAUCAUUCCAAGUCUCCCUCUUCCCCUUCCUCCCGGCCUAUGGCUCAGCUAGAUGGUGUAGAUGAUGGUACAGAGAGUGAUGCAAGUAUAGCGACCAACGAUGAUGCUCAGAAAGUUGAGGGUUCUAGUCAAGCUCAGAUACAAGCCAAAAGCCAAAAUAAUAAAAGUGUCCCUGAAUCGGACACUACAAACGGCACGCAGGCUGUUCAGGGUCUUUUUCCCAAUGCUUCAUCCAAUGAUAAGCACACUGAUUCUUCAUCAGUCACCAUCUCAGUUGCCAGCAAAAGACCUACAGAUAGUUCACCUCAAGGUCCACCUAAAUCCUAUGAUUCCAGGCGAUCAAAUGAGAACAACAUGGGGUUUGUUUCUCCACAAACCUUGGUAAACUUUCCACUCAAAGAGCAAAGCUCUGACACUUCUUUAGUAAAUCAGGAGACCGUGCUUCCUACUGCAGUUUGUGAUGCUCUGCCUAACCUACUCACAAAGGUGCCUGAGACCUCCUAUUCUAAAGAGUUAUUCCAAGGUUCCAGUUUAGGAUUUUCCUCUGGAACACCUCUUGCUCUUGAGAGAUGUGACACUAGUCCACAUUUAACUGAGAUGGUUCCUUUGCUAGAAGGCACACCGCUUAAGACACAACAGUCUGAAGCUUGUAAACCCCUGAACUCAGAGCCUGACAGCAGCAACUCCACUGUGUUGAUGAACCACUUAACAGCUAAUAAAAUGGGACCCUCAUUAGCAGAUUCUGCUGAUACCAGUCAGGGCACCCUGUUGGAUCUUCUUCAGCCCUCCCCUGUAUUGUCUACAGAUGUACAUACCUCCUCUCAAGGCCUUGUAGACUCUCUGCAGAUGUAUUCCUGUUUACCAGGUUUCAGUCAGCCUCCUCUAACGAGUAUUACACUUCAGCCAGUAACAUCCUCACAAGAGUCAACAACCUUCCCAUCCAUGGGGCCUUUGUCUACUAAACUAACCACCCUCACUCCUGUUGGAGAUGUGGCACAAACACUGCUAAAUGUUACCCCUCAAAAUGAUCCAGUGCUAUCAGCUACAUCAGGCACUUGUCCCCCAGCAGGAACAUGUGGAACUGUCUCUCUACCUAUCUACUCCACACAAACGCAGCCAUUGGGUUCUACAGCUGUCACCAUUGUUUCUUCUGCGUCUAUCUCGUGUCUUUCUGGACUGUCAACACAAUGUUCAACAGCUCCGACGCCUUUCCAAACCACGUCAGCCCCUGUGAUCUUAAAUGGUUACAGCUCGUCAUCUUUGCAGAAGGAAGCUACAUCAGGUCACACAAUCUCCAUCAACUUUUCUACACCCAGACCAGCUUUAGAACCUCAACAGCCAGUGGUUCCCCAAGCUUUACCUGGACAUGCUAUUCUUACAGUGAAGGAGGUGGGAGGUCCAAAUGUGGAUCCUACACCACAUGUCCUGCUUGUGAACCGCCUCGGGCAGAUCUUUGUGAAGAACCCAGAAAGCAACACUUUCCAGCUGCCCACUCCCAGCUCCCCCUCCUUCAACUGUGUCACUCAGAUUGCCAGCCUUUUGCAAAGCAAUGCACUGUCAGCAACACUAGCAGCAGCUGGUACUAUGAAUGCUCCACCCCCCGGGGCCAACGUUGCAACAGCAUUUCCUGCAUCGCUUACACCCACAGUUCAGAAUCCAACCACAAUUACACAGUUGCUAACUCACAAUAGCAACGGUGCAGUGGCAUCAGUUAAUGUGAAAAAGCCAAGAAAGAGUGCAAAAACCCCAAAAGAUGAAACCGCUCCAGAGUUGAAAAAAACAAAGAAGAAGAAGGAUUCAAGUGCAUCCAGAAAAUCCAAGGCCUCAGGGCAGCCUUUUCCAUCAACUGAGAAUCCUCCCAUGACUCCUGCUGAAAGUGCUCAAGCAAUUAUUAAUCAAGCAAUGGCGAGUAACUACACCCCCAAGUGGUGUGGGCUUCAAACACUAAGCCCUUCCUCACUAGUUUUGCCACCUGGCCUAUUAAUUGAACCAGAGCCUCCAGUGUUGCCUCGCUCUCCAUCAGUACCACCAACACCAGCUCCUAUACCCCGACCUCGCACCCACGUCCGCAUGAAGAGAGUGUCUUCGCUUUCAGACCGUAUUGUCACAAAGAAGUCUAAGGUUGAUUUCCUAAAACCAGAGCCCCCCAGUGAGGAUGAGGGGUGUCACAGACCUACCUUUCCAAGCAUCUCCAGCAGGGCUUCAGGAGUCCGCAUCAAGACCCCAACAGUGAAAGAAGUACUAAACCUGGACCAAUUAAAGGAGGAGCAUAUAAGCGAUUCUGAUAGCGCAGGAUCAGAGCCUUGGGAUUAUAUGGCCAGGGGUGAACAAGGCAAACAGCAUGCAUGGGAACCAGUGGGACUCAGCACUCUAACUGACUGGAAGAAAUACUCUGGCGCUGCUUCUACCACAGAGGAGGAACCACCAUCGUCUGACGAGGAUGAGGACUUUCCAACUAACAGAGACCAGCCAUACCUAAGAUUUGAGAUAACCAGCGAUGAUGGUUUCAGUGUAGAGGCAGACAGUAUUGAAGUGGCUUGGAAAGCAGUAAUAGACGGGGUGCAGGAGGCACGAGCUAUUGCGAGGUUGAGACCUCUAACCUUUCAGAGGAUCACCGGUGCUCAUAUGCUGGGUCUCGUCCAUGAUGCAGUGGUGUUCUUACUGGAGCAACUUCAAGGAGCCCACCGCUGUCAACGUCACGCCUUCCGUUUCUUCAAACAGUUCACACAGGAGGACGACCUCCCUGUCAAUCCCAGUGGUUGUGCCCGCUCUGAGCUGUACCUUAGGAAGUCCACAUUUGACAUGUUUAACUUCCUGGCUUCUCAGCAUAGACAGCUUCCUGACAUUGGGCCUUAUGACGAUGAGGAAGAUGAGGUUCUUUUGAAGUCCACAAGACGGGCCACUAGUUUGGAGUUGCCCAUGGCCAUGCGCUUCAGACAUCUGGAAAGGACAUCGAAGGAGGCUGUAGGCGUGUACAGGUCUGCUAUCCACGGCCGUGGUCUUUUCUGCAAGAGGAACAUCGAAGCAGGGGAGAUGGUUAUUGAAUAUGCAGGCAUCGUUAUUCGCUCAGUGCUCACUGACAAAAGGGAGAAGUACUACGAUGGCAAGGGUAUUGGCUGUUACAUGUUCCGCAUCGAUGACUUUGAUGUGGUGGAUGCAACCAUGCAUGGCAACGCAGCAAGAUUCAUCAACCACUCCUGUGAACCUAACUGCUACUCUCGAGUGAUCAAUGUGGAAGGCCGGAAGCAUAUCGUCAUCUUUGCUCUUCGGAAGAUCUACAGGGGGGAGGAGCUCACAUAUGACUACAAAUUCCCCAUUGAAGACGCCAGCAGCAAACUCAACUGUAACUGUGGGACCCGGCGAUGUCGGCGUUUCCUCAACUGAGACAGUUGACCCUAACCCGACUGUUUAUUAGUCAGCCUUAAAUUAAGGUCUUGGGGAAGCAGCGGGCAGUCUGCACAGAAGGGGAAUUAGCCACUAUGAGACCAGUCGGGAAUAUUUUGGCUGUUCAGAAGUGACAUUUUUAUGGAUUGUAGAAGAGAAGAGAAGAACCUCCUCAGAAAGUUCAUAUUGGCAAGUUUUUUUUAUUUUUCCUUGGAAAGAGUUCCGAUGUACAGCUGACACAGCAUCCACAAUAACCACCACAACAGUAAAUAGUGUGGAAGUGGUUUUGAUGUUCAUGAGAACAGGACAUUUAAAACCAGACAUUAAAAACUUGGAUCAGUAUGGAUGACACCAACAGAAUUUAUUUGAUACACACGUCAAGCCUUAUUUGUUUUGAAUCAUUGCUGAAACCCUAUAGCUAGGCGUUGAGAGAUUCCUUAUACGUUUUUAUUCUUUUCUGUCUAUAAUACACUUGUAAUCACGAUUGCUCCAUCCUCCAGUGAUGGGAACAUUAUUGCCCCAUCCGUGCAGUGGUGAAGUCAGUUCUUGAGCCAUACAUUCACCCGAACCUUUAUAUGUGUGUUUUAUCUUUCAUUUAAAAUUUCUCACAUUGUUAAUAUUUUUUCUUUUUUUUUUUUUUUUCGGGAAUGACAAAACAACCAUGGUGCUAAGCUUUGAAAGGUCUUUAACGUCUUUAGUUGGACAAAAAUGUCCUGCAAAUCAGGAAUUGUUUGGCUGUUUAUUCACCCUGCUGAUACCAUUUA